AUGGCGGUGCAGCAGCAGCAACAAGUGAAAGAAGGUCGUUAUAGAGGAGUAAGAAGAAGACCCUGGGGCCGAUUUUCUGCUGAGAUACGAGAUCCAUGGAAGAAAGUACGAAAAUGGUUGGGUACUUUUGAUACAGCAGAGGAAGCGGCAAUGGCUUAUGAUGAGGCAGCUGUAAGUCUAAGAGGACCUAAAGCAAGAACUAAUUUUGGAAAUGGUAUUAUUAGAUCUACCCAUCAUCAUCAAAAUCAUCAGCAGCAGCAAUGGAGGAAUAAUAAUCAUCAUCGUCAAUUUGUUAGUACCAGAGAUUUCCAUCGGAAUAUGUUUUCUUCUUCGCCGUUGAUGAGUAACGUUUCUUGUGCUCCUUCAGGUAAGGAUUUUAGUACUGGUUAUAGAUUUCAUGAUGCUGUGAAAGUUGUGGUUAGAAAUGAAGAAAAAAGAGAAGAAAAAGAAAUCCAGAAGAAGAAGAAAACUCCAUUGUCAUUUGAUCUGAAUCUUCCUCCUCCUGAUUAUUAUUAUCAUCAAGGUGAUGAUGACAUUUUAACCCUGCUCACGAUUUGA